AGCAAGAACAUCUCACUGUUGUGCUUGGAGGGCUUGCUGCGGAUCUUUCACACAAUGCAACUUCACUACCAGCCAAAGCUCCCCCAGUUUCUACAGGCCUUGGAUCCUGCCCACGAAGAUGGAGAAGAAGAGGCAGCAGACAUUAACGUCACUGCGAAGGCUGGAUUCCUGAUCCGACAGUUUCAGAGGUCUCUUGUGAAUCAGUUCAGUCACUCUGAGGACGACUUCAAUAGCAAGGAAGCCCUUUGGCUGAUCUCCGUUCUGACGACCCUUUCCAAGCUGCUGGAGCCAUCCUCCCAACAGUAUGUGCAGCUUUUAUCUUGGACAGUCAAGAUCUGCAAGGAAACCAGCCUGGAAGAUGCUCCUUGCUGCAGAGGGCUGCUCACCCUGCUCUUCAGUCUGCAUGCUCUCAUCAAGAGCCCUGUCAGCAUAUUGUGUGAGCUGGCCCAGGAUAUCCAUGCUCAGCUUGGGGACAUAGACCAGGAUCUUGAGGUGGAGCACCAGCCCCACUUUGCAGUUGUGAACACCAAGACAGCAGCUCCUACAGCUUGUCUGCUUGUUUUGGGCCAAGCAGAGAAGAUCCUUGAAGAGGUGGACUGGUUGAUGAAUAAAAUGAAGAGCCAUUUGGGGACGGAGGCAGCAGAAGAUACUUCCCAAGUAGCCAGUGCAGCACAGCUGCUGGAAAAGGCAAUCAUCCUUCAGCUGGGGACUUUACUGACCUCCUACCAUGAGCUGGUGCAAACAGCUUUGCCAGCUGGGAGCUGCGUGGACGCCUUGCUCAGGAGUGUCUGCAAGAUGUACACCAUCCUCACCUCCCUCAUCAAAUACUAUCUCCAAGUGUGCCGCAGCACAAGUGGGGGGAUUCCAGGGCGGCUGGAAAAGCUGGUCAGGCUCUCAGGUUCCCAUUUAACUCCACAGUGCUACGCUUUCAUCACAUACGUACAGAGUGAAACUUCAAUUGUUUCAGAAGAAAAGAAAAAGAAGAAAAAGGACAAGUUGACAGCGGAGGGGUCCACUGUCAUGGCCAAAGUGCUGCGGGAGACCAAACCAAUUCCAAACUUGAUUUUUGCCAUUGAGCAAUAUGAGAAUUUCCUGAUCCACCUCUCCAAAAAGUCAAAGGUCAACCUGAUGCAGUACAUGAAACUGAGCACUUCCAGAGACUUCCGCAUCAAUGUGUCUACCUUAGAGACUGCCCUGGAAGAACAGGAUGCUGAAAAUGUGUCGGACGAUGACCAGAGCAGUGCAUCAGCACAGCCCAAUGACAGCCAGGAGGAGCCCAAAAGGAAGAGAAGACGAAAGAAAUAAGAGCUGACCU